AUAGUAGUGACUACUACCACCCCCUCUUCUGUUUGUGCAGAUAGUGGUAGUCACGAGCGCCGGCGACCGCUCUUCAUUCUGACCGACUCGGUGGCCUUUAGUCGGCCAGGCAAACUUACCGGGAGAAGAAGCGUAUGUAAGUUCCGCGUGUGCGCCAACCGGGAUAGAUGCUUGAACGUAAUCGAGAGAAUGCAGCCCAGAACGAGACUUUAUACGCCUAUAGUAGUGCUACUGCUGUCCCUGUGCUUACUGGACGUCUCCUCUGCUACGUGGAAGAGACGGGAGGACAAGACUAAGUGCCCCAAAGUGAAGGGCAUUCGAAAUUUUGAUAUAUCCGAGUUUCUCGGAUCGUGGUACAUAGUGCAAUACUAUGCGAGCUCGGAGGAGGCACUCGCGUACAGAUGUAUGCGGGCCGAACUGUCCAUUUCACCGGAGAGCGCCGAGGUUACCAUGAACUUUACUUACAGCUUCACCGACGAUCCCAUUAACGAGCAACUUGUCGGCAACAUCACCUGGAAGAUACCUUCGCCCGAGCUGCCCGCCCAUUGGGUGCACGCCGAGUAUCCAUAUGAAGGAGUGUACAACACGUAUGUGUUGGACUCUGACUACAAAUCGUGGGCAUUGUUGAUGCACUGCGCUGAGCAGAGCAAAAGUCCUCGAUACUUAUCUAGUUUCAUCAUGAGUAGAGAACCAAGCUUGGGAGCUAAUGUUAUUUCUUAUCUGCGUGAAAAACUGCCGAGGUACGACAUCGAUUUAGAAUACGUGUUCUCAAUGGAUCAGGAGAAUUGCAAUAAGACGGAGAGUUCGGAACUGGAUAUGUUACUACCACCAUCGGUAUUGGCAAGAAGAAAUAAUGCCACGCGGAAGCAUCCGUUAAAAAGGAAGCAUCGACACGUCUAAAUUAUGUAGUAUUAUAUAUAAUAAAUAUGUACAAAAAAUAUGAAUGCUUUUGAAAAGUGAACAUCGUGAUUAUUAAACAAUAUUUAUAAUUUUUA